AUGAGUACGGCAGCGGAGAAAACGGAAGCGGGACCAUCUCGGUCGAGCCCCCGGCCAGUUCCAGCCAGUCUCUCCUCUCUACAGUCUACUUCCGGGCCCUUGUCAACUUCACCCAUUCCAUCGAAUAUAGCCCCCGCCUGGAAGACGUCAACUCGGAGUCUUUCCAGGAGGUGUCCGAAGCGGUCGUGGAUACGCUGGAGUCUGAAUACCUCAAGAUCCCCGGUGAGCAGUCAGUCAGUGUGGUUUUUAUCAAGGAGAUCGAUGGCUACAGCUUUGUGGAGCUGGAUGUGGGGUCCGAAGGGAACACCAACGAGGAGCAGAUCCGCGAGGUGCUUUUCUCCGUGGUGGCCAGCGGCUCCAUUGCCUCAUACCGCACCUCCCGGAAGGGAUUCCAGUUCCGCCGCCUGGGAGCAGUCUCCCCAGAGAUCCGGCCCUGCACGGAGGAGGAAUUCUCUUGCCUGAACGGGGAGUGCAUCGCCCGCGAAUUCUUCUGUGACCGUCGGCCGGAUUGCCGCGACAUGUCGGACGAGCUGGACUGCGAGGAGCCCGAGCCCCCCGAGUGUGCCCCGCAGGAGUUUGCCUGUGACAGUGGCGAAUGUGUGCCCCGAGCGUUGCGCUGCAACGGCAAUCCCGACUGCGGAGACGCUUCUGACGAGGAUGGCUGCGACCUCGAGAGACCUUUGGAGCCCACCUCCUCCCCGCCAAGCACUGCCCGGCUCCCUACCACCACCUCCACCAUCACCACCCGCCGGGCACCAGUCACCGCGCCUCUUCAGGUGGAGGUCUCCAAGCCCCAACAGUUCCCCGGAUUGCGCCCUUGCCAGAAAGACGAGAUCUUGUGCCUCAACGGGCAAUGCAUCCGCCGGGACUAUCUUUGCGACGGCGAGCGGGACUGCCCGGAUGGCAGCGACGAACAGAACUGCGGCACUCCCUCGCCCUGCGAACCCAAUGAGUUCCGAUGCCGGAACGGGCACUGCGCCCUCACGCUCUGGCGCUGCGACGGGGACAAUGACUGCGCCGACGGCUCUGACGAGCUGGACUGCCCCACCAAGGCCCCCGGAGACACUUGUGGCCCCGACCAGUUUGUCUGCCUCUCCAGCCACACCUGCAUCCCGGCCAGCUACCAGUGUGACGACGAGGCCGACUGCCAGGACCGCUCGGACGAGAUCGGCUGCAUCCCUCCACAGGUCAUCACUCCCCCUGAGGAGUUCAUCCAGGCCGCCCCAGGGGACACCAUUCGCUUCACCUGUGUGGCCGUGGGCGUCCCAACCCCCCUCAUCUCCUGGAGGCUCAACUGGGGCCAUAUCCCCACCAGCCGCAGGGUGAGCUUCGCCAGUGAGAACGGCCGGGGAACGCUAGUCAUCCAAGAUGUCAAGGAGGCUGACCAAGGGGCUUACACCUGCGAGGCCAUCAAUGCCCGGGGAAUGGUUUUCGGCAUCCCAGACGGUGUGUUGAGCGUCACGCCUGGCCAAGGACCAUGCCCCGAAAGGCACUUCCACAUUGAAGAGACCGGUCAGUGCUUGCCCUGUUUCUGCUUUGGGGUCGCCAAAUCGUGCCGCAGCACUGGCCGCUACCGUCAACAAAUCCACCUCCGAUUUGACGAACACAACAAUUUCAAAGGGGUGAACGUGACCACGCUUGAUCAGCCCGGCACGCCUCCCCUCGCCUCGACGCAGAUGCACAUCGACCCCAGCGCGCAGGAGUUCCAGCUGGUCGAUCUCUCGCGACGCUUCCUGGUGCACGACUCCUUCUGGACUCUCCCCAAGCAGUUCCUGGGGAACAAGGUCCUGGAACAUCGAUUUACCCGAAGGUCCUGGAACAUCGAUUUACCCGAAGCGACGUCCAGCAUGGACGCUGCCCAGCGGGAUGCCGCUCUGUGGUACGUCGUGCAAUCCGGCACGCUGAUGAUGGAGUACUUACGGGCCCGUGGGGGAGCGUCUUCGGCCGCGGCCUCUCGCCGUCGCACCGAGUGGUGGGACCGGACAGUCCUGGAGACCUGGGACGAUAGCGAGUGGUUGCAGAACUUCCGGAUGUGCAAGGCCACCUUCUUGGACCUUUGCGCCCGGCUGUCUCCGGCGUUGCAGCGCCAGAAGACACGCAUGCGGAUCCCGCUGAGCGUGGAGAAGCGGGUGGCCAUCGCCCUCUGGAAGCUGGCCACCUCCGUCUGCUACCGCGAUGUUGGUAACCAAUUUGGCGUCGGCAGGUCCACCGCCGGCUCAGUGGUGCUGGAAGUCUGCCGGGCCAUUCAGAGGGUCCUGAUGCGCUCCACAGUCAACGUGGGGAACAACCUGGCAGAGAUCGUCCGCGGUUUUGAGGCGAGGGGGUUCCCCAACUGCGCCGGCGUGGUGGGCACCAGCCACAUGCCCAUCCUGUGUCCUCCUCACCAAGCGUCGGAGUACGUCAACACAAAGGGCUACUACUCCAUGGCCUUGCAAGCUUUGGUGGACCAUCGAGGGAAGUUCACCCAUCUCAGCGCGGGGUGGCCCGGCAAGACGCAUGAAGCCAAAAUCUUCAACAAGUCCACCUUGUUCACCAAAGGUCAGGAAGGGACCCUCUUCGCUCCCGGUGCGGUAGAGAUCGAUGGCGUAUCCAUCCCUAGGGUCAUCCUAGGAGGGCCGGCCUACCCUCUCCUUCCGUGGCUGAUGGUGCCCUACGCCGACGGUCUGGAUGAGACCAAGGAGGCCUUCAACGCCACGUUGCGGCGGUGCCAGGAACCCUUGGAAGAAGCCUUCAGCCGCCUGAAGGGCCGGUGGCGUUGCCUGACGGGACGCAACGAUUGUGCGGUGGAGAACCUUCCCCGCCUCAUCUCGGCCUGUUGCGUCCUACACAACAUCUGUGAGGAGAAAGGGGAGGCCUACGAGGACAAGUGGGAGGCGGAGGCCAGGCAGCUGGCCGCCACCUUCGAACAGCCACUGCAGCGCCCCGAUACACGCAUUAAACCCGCCACGCGGUCAGAGAAGGUCCGGGACGCGCUCUGCAUGUAUAUGGCCGGGAAGAUAUGA